GCACCUCCCCCACAGCCCUGAACAGGCAAUAAAUACUGCUUUUCACCAACUUUCUGCCUUCUUUAUCUUUCCUAAUCCUGUUGGAAGGGAACGGGGCCCCGCCUGCUGCUACAAGUGUCACUGGAAAAACAAAAACCUCUCCAAGAUGGCUCAUCAAUUCCCAAACCUGUCUCCGGAGCAGAAGAAGGAGCUCUCUGAGAUUGCUCAAAGAAUCGUAGCUCCAGGAAAGGGAAUCCUUGCUGCAGAUGAAUCCACAGGUACCAUGGGAAAGCGCCUCCAGAAAAUUAACGUGGAGAACACCGAGGAGAACCGCCGCAGCUACCGCGACAUCCUCUUCUCCUGUGACGCCUCCAUGGCCAACUACGUGGGUGGGGUCAUCUUAUUCCACGAGACGCUCUACCAGAAGUCAGAUAACGGCAAACUUUUCUCCAAAAUCCUCAAGGAGAAGGGCAUAGUUGUGGGCAUCAAGGUUGACGAAGGCACAGCUGGUCUAGCCGGAACAAAUGGAGAGACCACCACACAAGGUCUCGAUGGCCUUGGAAAGCGUUGCGCCCAAUACAAGAAGGAUGGCUGUGACUUUGCUAAGUGGAGGUGUGUGCUCAAGAUCGGAGAAGGCUGCCCGUCCCCUCUUUCCAUUGCAGAGAAUGCCAAUGUCCUCGCCAGAUACGCCAGUAUCUGCCAGCAGAACGGCCUGGUGCCCAUUGUGGAGCCAGAGAUCCUGCCUGACGGGGACCAUGACCUGCAGCGGUGCCAGUAUGCUACAGAGAAGGUCCUGGCUGCUGUGUACAAAGCUCUGUCUGACCAUCACGUGUACCUGGAGGGCACGCUGCUGAAACCCAACAUGGUCACCGCUGGACACUCCUGUACGAAGAAGUACACCCCCCAGGAUGUUGCCAUGGCCACCGUGACCACUCUGAGACGCACUGUCCCCUCUGCAGUUCCUGGCGUCACCUUCCUGUCUGGAGGCCAGAGUGAGGAGGAGGCCUCCCUCAACCUGAACGCCAUCAACCAGGUGCCCCUGCUCCGCCCCUGGAAGCUGUCCUUCUCUUAUGGCCGUGCACUCCAAGCCUCUGCUCUCGCUGCCUGGCAGGGUAAAGCUGCCAACAGGGCCGCGACCGAGCAAGUUUUUUGCACCAGAGCCAAGAUCAAUAGCCUGGCUUCCAAAGGAGAGUACAAGCCCUCUGGUUCAGCUGACCAGGCGUCCAUGCAGUCUCUGCACACUGCAAGCUAUGUUUAUUAAAUACUGCAACACUGAAAGGAAACGCACAUGGACCAAAUGUGACACUAAAAACUGGACAAUAACCUCGACACAUGACAUAAUAAUACACUAAAAAUAUUGUUUGACUACUUGAUGACAUGACUGGAAAUAAAAGAACAAAUUGUUUGAUA